CUUAUGUUAACAUCUCUCAUUCUCAUGGCAUUUUUUUGGAAAAAGAUUCGAAGUUAACUCAAGAAGCGCACGUGUAAAAACGGCCGAGUUCAGCUGAGUUAAACUCAGAACCGAGUGAGAAAGUCUUUCUUCCAUUCUCACCUUCAUUCAUCACCAACAAAACCUUCAACAGGAGAGAGAAACACAACAAUACCAACACACAGAAGAGAGAGAAACCGAAAAUCGUUAUAAAACCUAAUUUCCCCAAAGUUUUCCGAUCACAUAAUCUCCAAUUUGAAAUCGAUUUCUUUCAUCAACAAACCCUAGAAACCAAAUACAUAAAGAAAUCAUUUUCCAUUUAUUUGGAAUGAUUUUUCCCCAUUUUGAAUGGAAACCCUAAUUAUUAUCUUUCUUCAACAUCAAUGGCGUUUUCUCCUAUUCCUCUCCUUACUUUCCGCUUCUCUCUCUUUUUCGCUGCCGGUUGAUCAUCCUUUGAUCACCUAGUUUGUUUGUUUUUUCAAUUAAACCUUCGUAACAAAAUACAGAAAUCCGCCAUCAUUUAUUUUGAUUUUUUUGUUAGCUGUAAAGUUCAAUUAGUAUUCCGUGUUUUCUUUUUUACAAUUGUCUGUAUGAUUGAGAGAGAAAUGGUAAGUUCAGAGAAUGGAGGGGUAAGAGAAAGCGGUGCGGGUUCAAUUGUUUGGGUGCGUCGACGAAACGGGUCGUGGUGGCCCGGUAAAAUAUUGGGUCCGGAUGAGCUCUCUGCAUCUCAUCUCAUGUCUCCUCGAUCUGGUACCCCUGUUAAGCUUUUGGGUAGAGAAGAUGCUAGUGUGGAUUGGUACAACCUUGAAAAAUCAAAGAGGGUAAAGGCAUUUCGAUGUGGUGAGUUUGAUGAUUGCAUUGAGAGAGCUGAAGCUUCUCUAGGUCUUCCAGCUAAAAAACGUGAAAAGUAUGCACGGCGAGAAGACGCAAUUCUUCAUGCUCUUGAACUUGAAAAACAAUUUUUUGAAAGGAAAUAUGGGAAGUAUGUUAGAACUACCGCUGCCCAAGAAAUUCCAUCAGACAUUGAGAGAAAGGACUUAGUUAAAACAUCUGGGGUUUUAGAAAAUGGUAACGGGAAAUAUGGAAGCCAUGAGUUAAGUCAACUGGACACGCCAGUUACUGUAUCGAAUUUGAUCGAGCGAAAAAGCAUUCCCCUGCACGUACUUAAUUUGGAAGGUGGAGCUCAACAGAGUUUAAAUGAGCGUGGCACUGAUUUAAGCCGUCAAAUACAGCAAUUACCUGCUUUUGGGGUUAAGGCAGUACCUACCAAUAGAAUCUUUCCCGCUUCUGCUGCUCCUGAAGAUUCCAAUAGACUUAUUGUUGAUGGUCAUGCAUAUGGUGCUUCAAGAGCUGAUCCUUGCUAUGGAAAUUCCAGUGAUUCUGAUUCUAGAAAUUUCCUUGGCAAACGGAAGCGACCACUGGAAGAAUUUGUGGAGGAGUCUCGUCCUAAAAGACAUGAUAGGCUUCAUUCCUUUGUCAAAAUCAGGCAAAAUAAUGCAGAAUUAUGUGAUAGUUCUUUGCAUCCUGUUUCUCAUAGAAAAGGGCUUCCAAUAGAUGGUGUUAACCACUCUCUGUAUUUUCCAUCUGAGUUGCAUGAGACGUUUGUCACCAAGCAAGGUGGCCAAAUGCAAAUGCCAGUAUCUCGGCUUGAGGUGCGCACUAAUUGUUCUCAGCACAGUACUUUUGCUGAAGAGACUACUUCUGGAUCAUCAGAAGAAACUGAAUCUGAUUCAUCAGAGACCCAUUCUCUAGAAGCACAAGUAGAGCCAGGGGCAAUGCUUUCAGAUGCUGAAACGUGCAUCAGACCGCAACCAAGAAAACUUGAUAGAUUGCAAAUGCAAGUGGGCCAUGGAAGUACUAGCAGUGAUGAUUCUGAUGACAUGUCGCUUGAUGAUAGGCCUCAGUUUUAUUUUCACGGUCCUAGUCCUAUGGCGGAAGUCUCUAAAUGGCAGUUGAAAGGGAAAAGAAAUGUUCGCAAUACCAACAAGAGACCACUUGACAGAUUCACUAAUGGAAUUCAUCAUGAAACAAGGGGUAGGUCAAUGCCACAGAGGGCGCCAAGUCAUAGCUUCAAUUACUAUCUUGACAACGGUUACUCCAAUGAUGAUUUAAUGGAGGACGACUUUGACCCUCAAUCACAGGGAUUCAGUAAUAGAGGUUACUUGCCAUUGCUAGCCGCAGCCAGAAGACAAAACUUUGUUGGAUCAAAUAUGAUUGAUUUGGAAGAUUUGACUUGGAGGAGGCCGUUCAGAGGAUACUGGGAAGAGAGAGGUGCAUACUUCAAUCCCCUAUUUGGUGGCCGAAAUGGGCAUGAUUUGCUGAUAGAUGUAGACUUGAAGGUCCAAGCGAACCAUCAACGCGGCGAGCAUGUACCUUGGGUGUCUCUGAUGAGCAGGUUAAACGGGAAGGCAAUUAUAGGCCACCCUAUCCAAAUAGAAACCCUUGAAGAAGGGUCAACAGAUAUUUUGGUAUCGACUAGUGAUGCCUUUGGUAAUGUAAGAUAUGACAGCGAUAGAAGCAAAGCUCCCCCAGCUUGGAGGACUGCCAAGAGGACAGCCAAUUUUCGAGUGCCGCGUCCUCAACCAUCAUCUCAAAUGGAUGGUGAUGAAGAUGCUGAGAAUCAGUAUAUUCAUCAGUCUGCGAAAGUACAAUCCAAAAAGUCAUUUGCAUCAAAUUCAGUUCGCAAAGGCAUUCUGAUGAAAAAGAGGACCCAUCCGCCACAUGCAGGUAGAAAGAAGCCUUCUCGGAAAGUGAACCAAUCUUUCAACCAAAAGACAAAAACUCUGUCUUCCAUCGGCUUCAAUCAGAAGUUUCCUGUAAAGACGAAACAGAAGGAUAAAAGCUCGUUUUCAAUCGAUGGUAUGAUGAAAUCCGUGGAUAUGCGGCCCCCAACAGUAGCCUGUAUUCCUGUCAAGCUCGUCUUUAGUAGAUUACUGGAGGCUGUCGGUAGGCCACCAUCCACACCUGCAAAGCAUGGCGUCUAAAUGAACAGCAAUAAGGAGAGUAAUCUCGCAUUAGGUAUCCUGUAAAUUGUAAUGCGGAGAUGAAUAAUAUCUAUACCAUUUAAUCGUCGAUAUCUUGCUAAUUCUUUUAUGAUAGACAAUAGCAUCAAUAUACAUCACCAGCAUCUGGAGCCUAAAAGAUCAGAAAAAUGGGAUGGAAUUGAUCAUAACUUACUGUUAUAUGUAUCAAUGUAUGUAUGCUUCAGAUGCAUGACUGAUAUUAGUGAUAGUCUGAUAGAGAAGAAAACAAUUGGGCAUCUUUGUUCAGUAGGUACUUAUACUUAUACUUUGUAAUCAGUAUUUAAGGAUGUAGCUCCUUUAGUUUGACAUAAAUGUACAUUUUUAUGUAAUAGAUUUCAUGUUUUGAAGCAUACAUACCCACUUUUUUUUUUUUAAUCAGAUGACAAAUUAUUCUGU